AUGUCUGCUCUCCGUAACCUCCGCCAGCUCGCUGCUUCCUCUUCGCGCACUCUCGCGACGCGUUCACUCACGUCUGCGACGCGUGCUGCUCUCCCGCGCGCUGCCGUUCGUGCCGCGGUUGUCCCUGCCAGCAGGGCAUUCUCCAUGUCUGUGAGGAGAUUCGGCGAGGGUGCUUCGGACCCCGCCCUGUCGCAGAAGAUCGCCGAGGAAAUCACCUUUGAGAAGGAGUCCAGUUCCGCCGAGGAGCCGGACUUCUUGAAGUCGUUCAAGGCAAAUGGUGUUUGGGAGAUCCAGGACACUCCUGGCAACGACGAGGUGACGCUGGUACGCAAGUUCGGCAACGAGGAGAUCCGUCUGGUCUUCUCCAUUGCGGACUUGCAUGCGCAGGAGGAGCCUGAGUUCGAUGAGGACAAUGCGCCGGAGGAUGCCGAGGAGAAUGUUGGCGAGUCCUACCCCAUUCGCUGCUCAUUCUCUAUCAAGAAGCCUGGUUCGACGAAGGGUGCUCUCACCAUUGACGCCAUGUGCCAGGACGACUCGUUCAUCAUCGACAACAUCUCAUUCUACGCCGACGGCCAGACUGCAACAGAGUUGACCGCAGAGGCUGACUGGCAACGCCGUGGUCUCUAUAUUGGUCCUCAGUUUGACACCCUCGAUGUCGCUGUCCAGGACGAGUUCGAGAAGUUCCUUACUGAGCGUGGCAUCAACGAGACCCUUGCAUACUUCAUCCCGGAGUACGCCGAGUGGAAGGAGCAGAAGGAGUACGUCCAGUGGCUCAACAACAUCAAGGGCUUCAUCGACGCAUGA